AUGCUGGGCGCCGCGAGGAGGCAGCUUGGAUCCGGUCCCAUGCUGGGACAAGUUUUGCGAAGGCUCCGCCCAGCGGCUGCGGCUGAGGUGGCGAGGGGCUACUCCGCUGCGGCGAAGGAGAUGACUGUCCGUGAUGCGUUGAACUCUGCACUGGAUGAAGAGAUGUCUGCUGAUCCUUCCGUUUUUCUGAUGGGAGAAGAGGUUGGAGAGUAUCAAGGUGCAUACAAGAUUUCUAAGGGCUUGCUUGACAGGUAUGGUCCUGAUAGGGUUCUUGACACACCUAUCACAGAGGCUGGCUUUACUGGCAUUGGUGUUGGUGCAGCUUAUCAUGGUCUUCGGCCUAUUAUAGAAUUUAUGACAUUUAAUUUCUCGAUGCAGGCUAUUGAUCAUAUCAUCAAUUCAGCUGCCAAGUCAAACUAUAUGUCAGCUGGUCAGAUAUCUGUUCCUAUUGUUUUUAGAGGACCAAAUGGAGCUGCUGCUGGAGUUGGUGCUCAACACUCACAGUGUUAUGCAGCUUGGUAUGCACAUGUUCCAGGACUUAAGGUUCUCACACCAUACUCUUCAGAAGAUGCCCGAGGCUUGCUCAAAGCUGCUAUUAGGGAUCCUGAUCCUGUUAUUUUCCUGGAAAAUGAAUUGCUUUAUGGAGAAUCUUUCCCAGUUUCUGCUGAAGUGCUUGAUUCUAGUUUUUGCCUACCAAUUGGCAAAGCUAAGAUAGAACGUGAGGGUAAAGAUGUUACCAUUACUGCGUUCUCAAAGAUGGUUGGCUAUGCUCUCCAGGCUGCAGAGAUACUGUCCAAGGAAGGAAUCAGUGCUGAGGUGAUCAACCUUCGAUCGAUCAGACCACUUGACAGAGCUGCUAUUAAUGCAUCUGUGAGGAAAACCAACCGAUUGGUGACUGUUGAAGAAGGGUUCCCCCAACAUGGGAUUGGUGCCGAGAUAUGCAUGUCUGUUGUAGAAGAAAGCUUUGAGUACCUUGAUGCACCAGUUGAGAGGAUCGCUGGAGCUGAUGUACCUAUGCCCUAUGCUGCCAACCUUGAGAGAAUGGCUGUUCCACAGGUCGAUGACAUUGUGCGGGCAGCAAAGCGGGCCUGCUACAGGGCAGUACCAAUGGCAGCAGCUGCCUGA